AGUAUGUCCGCAAUCCGUAAAAAAACCUUAUGGAUCUUAUCGAAGUAAAUGUUGGCUGUUGAAGCCAUAUCCUAAACUUUCAUUUUGAAUUCAAGUUUGAGUAUAACUCCAGAAACUUCAGCAAGACUACAAUGCCAGCUUUAAGUUACACGCUCGUAUCGUUUAUCGUUGCAACCUUACGACCGCAGCAUUUGCUCGACUACUGCCUUGUGAAAAUAUUAAAACCAAGUAGUAUUAUAAACGCAAAGAUGUGUCACCCUUUAUAGAAAUUGAUAAAGAUUAAGCCCUAAGAUUGUGUGCGUGCAAAAUUAGAAUUCACGUGCACGAUUAGAAAGUACGCAAAAUGUGCGCACGAGUCCUGGCGUGUCCUCUGUGCUCGCAGCCUGGAUUCCUGACACUCGACGCACUGCGAGCCGGACUUGUGAGCGUAGCAACUCGACCCUUGAUAUGUCCUGUUUGUAAUGAGGUAUUGUUAGGUAUAGAUAAAUUAACUAUACAUCUGUUUGGUCACACGAUCAAUUUGAACAGCGGUACAGCGGAAUCAUCGAAAUCCGCGGAUGUCGUCACUAAUGAGCAAAUAACUGCUGUCCAUAACGCGCACAACGUUGCUCCGCAAGACUGGAAUAUAUUGAGACAAUUAGACAGAGCUGCAAGUAGCAACAGGUUUCGUACAGAGCCGUCAGAUUCUGGUGUGCUGAGUGUAGGGAACGACGUCGUAAGUUCCCAAUCCAAGAAUCAAAAUUUGCCAAAGUGCGCGAAUCAAUCCAAUUUCAUAUCGGAUUAUAACGAUGUGAUAAAGGUGACCGUCCUUCCACAAUCAAAUGAGAAUCAUAACGAUAUGGUUCAGCGAACAAUCACAAAUCUGCAACAAGGGGCAUUAAAAGUAAAUUGUGCGACGCAGUAUUUUUGUAAUGACAAUAUCAAACGUUUGAACGUACCCCAGGAAGCCGCACAAAUGGAGAAAACGGGUUCUGUGUCGGAUUUAAUUAUUGCGACAAAGGUGGUAGAAAUCGCAGAUGCCAACAUUUAUCGAGAUAUCGGAAGGGAAUCGAAUGGUAGUCAACGUGUCGAAAAAGGAAGACCUACAAGAGAUUUAAUCGAGGAGGAACACGACCUUCCUAUUUUCCAAUCGGUUCAAAACGUGGUGGCAAAUGUUUGCACGAGAGAGUCGAGAGAAAAGCAUGACGAUAAGGAGAGCUUGCCUAAUACGGAGAAAACGACUCUGAAAAUGGAUGCCGAUGAUAAAAAUCAGAAUUUGGAACACGGGCAAACGUUGUUGCCUCACGUACAAAUAGGCGGCAAGGCUUUCCGUGCGAUAGCGCCGAAAGAAAGAACGGAGAGAUGUAACGUAUGCGGCUUUCACUUUCCUGACACUAACAUCCUGGCUUUGCACAAACAAUUAGUACACGAGCAAGAUUCGGACAAUGGUCCGGAGAAGAUUCUUAAGAAUUAUUCCUGCCAUCUGUGUUCCAAGGUGUUCAAGAUGCGAGGCAGUUUGAUGGUGCACAUGAGAGUGGCGCACGUUGGUCAUAAUCUAGGUUCUUCUGCUAAGGAUGACCAAACUGAUGUCACAAACGGUGACGCUGGGUACACGUGUCCCACGUGCGGGAAGAAAUUCAAGAAGGAGCAACACGUAGUACAACACUUGAAGAUCCACGAGGGUAAACAGUGGGAGUGCGAUACCUGCGGCAAAAUGUUCACGACCAAGUACUUCCUGAAGAAGCACAAACGGCUGCACUCGGGCGAGAUGCCGUACAAGUGUAAAAUAUGCGACAAGAGCUUCACCUUCCAGCAGUCGUAUCACAAGCACAGGCUCUAUCACAGGGACGACAAGCCGCACACCUGCGCGACCUGCGGCAGAUCGUUCAAGGAGCUCUCCACGUUGCACAAUCACGAGAGAAUUCACACUGGAGAGAAGCCGUUUGCAUGUGAGACAUGUGGGAAAUGUUUCCGCCAGCGUGUUUCGUACUUAGUCCACCGUCGAAUUCACACGGGAGUGAUGCCUUAUAAAUGCACAAUGUGUAACAAAAGCUUCCGAUACAAGGUGAGUCAAAGAACUCAUAAAUGUCCCGUACAAACAUCAGGCAGCACGCAGCAAUUGAUAUGCGACACACGGGAGACUGAUAACGGAACGGUUGGCUCGCAGCAAACUACCGCCGAUGCCCUGCAAAAAAGUCAAUCAAUGACGUCGAGCAGCGUCGACAGUGAGGAAAACAAAUACGUAUUGAUAAUAAAUGUCCAGGGACAACCUGUUUUAGCGUUACAAUCAGAAAUAAAUAGCAUAUCUUCCGAGAGUAAAGAACAAGGCGUCGAAUUUGGAGAUGCUAGUAAUGAAAUUUCAAAGAGCAAGACGUGGGAUACCAACGAUCUCAACAGCGCAGGACUGGAGGAAUCGGCGGAGCCAAUUGAGAGAGUGCAGUCAAAUAAUGAAAAAAUAAACGCGAAAGAUACGAACGAUUUUUUUUCUAUGGUGAUGUCACCCCUCGAGACCAGUCUGUCGUCACCGACGUUCGAGAUGGAACACUUACGGGUAUCUUCACCUAAACCUAAACGUAAAGAGGAUCUGAUAGAUUCUUACGCUGACUUUCCGCAAGUCUCUGACAAUGUGCAAAUGAAUCUGGUAGAGCAAGGGUUUAACCAUAACAAGGACGAUUCUUUGCAAACAAUAAAUGAAGAAUCAUUGAAGGAAUUGCUGUAUGGUAUGGAUAGAAAAUAAAGCAAAUAUACGCUUAUAAUUCGAUAGUACAAGCUAAAGUUAGCAUCCAUCAUAGAUAUAUAUAUAGAAAAUCGAGAUAUUUAUUACAAAUGUUAAAGUUGAAAAUUAUUAUGUAAUUAUCACUGUAACUCGAUUACACAGCCGUGUAGAUACAGAACAAUUGUAUAUAAUUUAUUCUUGAAAAUAAUGGAAUAAUAGCGAAUUUGAUGAAAAUAUAUUAACUUAUGGUGUUGCAAAGACUAUUGACAUGCAGAUAUCUAAGUGCAAAAAUAAUGCAAGCAAUAGAUAAAAUAUCCAAUAUAUAUUAAAAUGUGGAUUACUACAAUAGUUAAUAAACAAAACAAAAAUAAUUUAAUAUAAA